AUUUAUAUUUAUGAGCUAAGACUUCUCGACAGCCCACCAACGCGAACCCACACCAAGUGCUAAACACUUUGAAACUUUGCUGUGGCGGCAGAGGACAGGACACUUGUUAGAGCACCGUAUCCCCCAGAAAAGCUUUUCACUGGGUUUAUUGGGUGACUAUGGCAGCCCGUUCCAACUGUUUUUAUUGUCGCGAGGAUCUCAGUGGAAAGAAAUUUGUGAGGAAAGACGAGAAACAAGUCUGCGUGCGAUGCUUCGACAAGUUCUGCGCCAACACCUGCGUGGAGUGUCGACGGCCAAUCAGCACCGACUCCAAGGUGUUUAUUGUUAAUGGUAAGUUGUUGCACUCGGAUUGUUUCCGAUGUGCCAAGUGCUAUAAAAAUCUGGCCAAGGAGUCUUUCACCUCCAAAGAUGACAGGAUCCUGUGUGGGACGUGUAGCUCACGUGAGGAUGCCCCUCGCUGCCAUGGCUGCUACAAGCCCAUACUGGCAGGCACUGAGAAUGUGGAAUACAAAGGCAACUCAUGGCAUGAUGAGUGUUUCAUCUGCUAUCAGUGUCAAAAGCCAAUCGGCUCCAAAAGUUUCAUAGCAAAGAACAACAACAUCUACUGCAACCUUUGCCACGAGAAGAAAUUUGCCAAACAAUGCGCUUGCUGUAAGAAGCCCAUUACCACAGGAGGUGUGAAUUACCAGGACCAGCCGUGGCAUUCUGAGUGCUUUGUGUGCUCCUCCUGCCGAAAGCCCCUGGCUGGCACCAGCUUCACCUCCCAUGAGGAAAAGGUCUACUGUGUGGACUGCUACAAAAGCACUGUGGCCAAAAAAUGCAGCAGCUGCCAGAAUCCCAUUACAGGAUUUGGCAAGGCUACGAACGUGGUGAACUAUGAGGGUGGCUCUUGGCAUGAUUACUGCUUUAACUGUAAGAAGUGCUCCCUUAACCUGGCAGAGAAGCGAUUCGUCGCUCGCAAUGGAGACAUAUACUGCUCUGACUGCUCCGAGAAACUGUAAACGCCUGAUGACCGCGGAGAACAGAAGAGUGAGAUUACUCAAGAAAAAUAUCAGCAUUCAUUUGAAUUUAUACAAAAGUGCCACAUAAAUAUGUUGAAGUAUUGACAAAGGCUUCUGUUAUGUUGGUUCUGGCUUCUUCAUGAAGGGAGUUUGAUAUUUCCUGUGAGGAACGUUAGGUUUACCUAAAGAGGCUUUGAUGGGAAAAUGUAUCCUCUCUUUCCAAAGCCUAUUUGUCUCAGGAAAGUAGUAAGACAGGAUGAAAGAUGGAGGUGUGUAUUAAGAAGGUGAAGUCUGUCGUUUGAGAUGUAUUACUGGUAAAUUUGUGUUUCAAAUAAUGUUUCAAAAUGAAGCUUUGGGUUGAUCAUUUUUAAACAUUAACAGCUUGUAAUCAUAGACGCUGAACUUUUCAAUACUGUGUUUCUGUAUCUUUUAGAUUGCUUCCUUGGAAUUUGAAAUACUAAUUGUACAAUUUAUCAUUUUCGUAUAAAAAUGUGUAUGUCUUUCUCCUUACAAACACAUUCUGCUUAAUGAAUUUAACAUGACAAUUAUGUUAUUUUAGUUGCCUUUGUAUGAUCUGAGAAAAAAUAAAGUUGGGAGGCUGUCCUUUGCAUUCUUUAAA